UUCUUUAACAAGACCACAAAUUUUAUCCAUCAUUAAAUCUUUAAUUCCUCUUUUAGAUGAUGUGGAUCGAUCAUGUUUUCAAGAUUUGUCGAGUAAGUCUCGUAAUAACUUAAUAAAUAUUCUUCAAGAAAUUAGGAAUAUAUUAGCCGACAAUGGUGUUAAUCCUAAUAAUGAAGUGUAA